CUCCAAAUAAAAUUUGAAUUGAAGUCAAAGUUACAUACACAAUCACGCACAAUUUUCAAAUUUAGUAAUGCUAAUAAACGUAACUGGCAUGGGAUGCAAUAAAUAAACGCAUGCAAUUGAUUUUUUUCUAUUAGAAAAUAAACCUAACAUACUUUUUUUUGUUGAAGUUUGAUGCACAAUGCACAGACCACAGUUCAUUGUUUUUGAGGUUAUUUUACGAACGGUGACAGCCGAACUAGUCUGGGGAAUAGUUUUAUCAUAAUAGUUAAAUUACAAAUCACUAUUAAUGUACAACAUGGAAAUAACUAUACGAAUAAAAUUAAGGAGUCCACUAUUUGAAAAAAAUAUUUAAACUAAAACAACUAUGAGAAACCUUUCUCUAUAUAAACUUAGCCUUCAUCCAUAAUUCUUUCACAAAACUAGGAGAUAGUAGUUAUAAAAGAUAAAAAAAAGAAACUUCUUGUUGCCAAAGUAGCCGGUAAACCCUAUCUAUGGUUCGACCAGGUCUUGACCAGCCGAAUCAGGCUCAUCCUCAGGGUGACGGAAACAACAAGGCACAUAUUCAGCCAAACAUACCAACGGGUAUACCGGUCGAUAACCAAACACAAAACCGUUGGAAUUCCGAUCUAUUCGACUGCAUGAACGACAGUGAAAACGCUGUGAUAACAUUUAUAGUUCCGUGCGUCACGUUUGGACAGAUCGCUGAAAUUGUUGACGAAGGCGCGACAACUUGUGCGAUUGGUGGGGUGUUGUAUGGAGCGAUAUUUCUAACUUUGUUCCCGUCCGUGUACUCAUCCCUAUUCCGGGCCAAGAUAAGAAACAAAUACGGGUUACCGGAUGCUCCAGCUCCAGAUUGGCUCACUCACUUAUUCUGUGAGCCUUGUGCUCUUUGUCAAGAGUAUCGUGAGCUCAAACACCGUGGUUUUGACCCCAAAAUUGGGUGGGCUAUGAAUGUGCAAGCACAACAGCAAGAGAUGAUGGCUCCUCCAACAGGUCAACGAAUGAUGGGUUGACUUUGAUGGCUUGACUUAAAAGGAAUGUUUGUUCUAUUUUAUCACAACAUGAUUCAAAGAUCAUAAUAAAUCAAAGAAUGAUUUUUAAAUUUGUCUUUUUGUUACUUUUUUGUGAUAUGGCAAGUGUCUAAUACGGUAAACAACUCUUUUAUUUAUAUAUUUGAUGGCCAAAAUAAGUGCAAGGCAGCGAUGCCAUGUUCCCUCGUUGGCGCCCAUGAACAAACAUGAGUGUUGCAAAACAAAUUCUAGAAAACAUUUUCGAUUAGUUUCCAGAAAAUAAGAAAAAUUGAUUCUAUUUUUUUUUUGAGCAACAAGAAAAAAUUAUUCAAUACACUUAUACACACUUCCGAGUUAAAUGUGAAAAUGAUUUUUCUAAACAUUUAGGAUAUAAGUUCUAAAAGGCCCAAAUAUUAAAAGGCCAAUCAUAGUACUUAAUAAAGCCCAAAUACAAUUCACGUU